UUGCCUGUUUCCCAGAGUAAUGUGGGCCAUGGAUCCAGGCCAUCUCCUCUGGGCUCUGCUGUUCAUGCAACCCUUGUGGCCCCAACCGACUGAUGGGGCUACUCGAGUCUACUACCUGGGCAUCCAGGACGUGGAGUGGAACUAUGCUCCCAAAGGAAGAAAUGUCAUCACGAACCAGCCUCUGGACAGUGACACAGUAGCUUCCAGCUUCCUAAAGUCUGACAAGAACCGGAUAGGGAGCAGCUACAAGAAGACCAUCUACAAAGAAUACAGUGACAGUUCAUAUAUGCAUGAAAUGGCCCAGCCUACCUGGAUGGGUUUCCUGGGGCCAGUGCUGCAGGCUGAGGUGGGAGAUGUCAUCCUUAUCCACCUGAAGAAUUUUGCCACUCGUCCCUAUACCAUCCACCCCCAUGGUGUUUUCUAUGAGAAGGAUUCAGAAGGCUCCCUAUACCCAGAUGGCUCCUCUGGUCUGCUGAAAGCUGAUGACUCUGUUCCCCCGGGAGGCAGCCAUAUCUACAACUGGACCAUUCCAGAAAGCCAUGCACCCACUGAUGCUGACCCAGCAUGCCUCACCUGGAUCUACCAUUCUCAUGUAGAUGCUCCACGAGAUAUUGCAACUGGCCUCAUUGGACCCCUUAUCACUUGUAAAAGAGGAACCCUGGAUGGGAACUCCCCUCUUCGGCGGCAAGAUGUGGAUAAUUCUUUCUUCCUGCUCUUCAGUGUGGUAGAUGAGAAUCUUAGCUGGCAUAUCAAUGAGAACAUUGCCACUUACUGCUCAGACCCUGUCUCAGUGGACAAAGAAGAUGAGGCCUUUCAAGAAAGUAAUAGGAUGCAUGCAAUCAAUGGCUUUGUAUUUGGGAACUUACCAGAGCUGAACAUGUGUGCGCAGAAGCGUGUGGCCUGGCACUUGUUUGGCAUGGGCAAUGAAGUAGAUGUCCACACAGCUUACUUCCAUGGACAGAUGCUAACCAUCCGGGGCCACCGCACUGAUGUGGCUCAUAUCUUUCCAGCCACCUUUGUGACUGCUGAGAUGGUGCCUCAGAAACUUGGCAUUUGGUUAAUUAGCUGUCAAGUAAAUAGUCACUUGCAAGAUGGCAUGCAAGCACUCUACAAUGUCAAGUCUUGCUCCAUGGCCCCUCCUGUGAACCUACUAACAGGAAAUGUCCGGCAGUACUUCAUUGAGGCUCAUGAGAUUCUAUGGGACUAUGGCCCAACGGGUUAUGAUGGGAGUACUGGGAAGAAUUUGAGGGAGCCAGGCAGUGGCUCAGAUAUAUUCUUCCAGAAGGGCUCCAGCCGAAUUGGGGGAACUUAUUGGAAAGUCAGAUAUGAAGCCUUCCAAGAUGAAACAUUCCAGAAAAAGGUACAGCUGGAGGAAGAUGAACAUCUUGGAAUCCUGGGUGAGGAAUCCUUAACUUAUGAAAUUG